CGCAAACGGCAGAACUCGCCAACUGACAUCGCGUAAGAGUGUUUCGUUCGGCGACGAUAUUUUCCUCGAAAUAAAGGACCAGCCAGCUGUCAUCGCUCAACAAUUCUCUUCGCUUCGGACCUCGCAAACUCUCCGCUAUAUUCACAUCUGCUGCAGGGAGGGCCGUUUCCAGUUAAAGAGAAGAGUGAAUGGGAUGAUAGAAAAUAACAAACUGUAAUAAGAGGAAAAGUCAGAAUAAACUUACAAGUACAAGAUGUCAGCGGAUAAUGAAAAGGUGAUAAGCAGCAUCAUUCCGAAAACUCCAACGCCUCGAAUGUCUCUUGGGCAGUACAUGCUGAACUGUCUACGCAACAAUGGAACAAGCGUUGCACAAGUCGACGCUGUCACGGGAGAGACGCUCAAAUACAACGAGAUAUUAGAGCAGAGCAUUCGUUUGUGCGAGAGUCUACGUAAACGAGGGCUUAAGAGCGGUGAUCACGUCGCUAUUUCAAGCGAGAACCGAUUGAAUCUGGUCAUUCCUACACUGGCUUCGCUUUACUUGGGCGCAGCGAUAGCUCCCCUGAACCCAACUUAUUCGAAAGCCGAGCUGUUGCACGCUCUGAGUAUCUCAAAGCCGAGCAUAAUCUUCGUGUCACCUCGAUCGGAGAAGCUCGUGCUGGAAAUAAUCGACGAGAUGAAUCCGAAGCCGCUGGUCAUUCAACUCUCUUCGGAUGCCGAUUCCUCCGGUAUUCCCACCCUAGCGGACAUCCUUGCCGAGACUGAGCCAGUCUUGGAACUUGACAGCUUCAGUUGCGUCGAGCUUCAGGGCUACAAGAAGCAGGCCGCUGUCAUUUUGUGCUCCAGUGGCACCACUGGAUUGGCAAAAGGCGUCAUGCUGUCUCAUCACAACCUCCUGACUCUGGUCCAACAUUUCAAGAAUCCGGACUUCGUGAACCUGAAUCCAGACCGUCCGCUACUCGGGCUUUUGCCAUAUUUUCACGGUUACGGUUUCUCACUGGUUCUCGGGCUGAUAGCCACCAGAGGAAAGGCCAUCGUGAUGAGCGAGUUCGACCCUCUGGUCUUCCUCAGCGCCAUACAAACUCACAAGGUGGCGAUCGUCCCGCUGGUACCGCCGAUCAUGGUGUUCCUCGCCAAGCAUCCGAUCGUCGCUAAAUUCGACUUGAGCAGCAUUCAAGAGAUCAUUUGCGGCGCGGCUCCGCUCUCCGAGGAGAUUCAAACGGCCGUUAUGCGACGUCUCGGCGUCCCCUGCAUCCGUCAGGGUUACGGCAUGACCGAGACCACGGUGAUAGUGUCCCUGAGUCCAAAGACGAAGAACAAGAGCGGAAGCGUGGGAAUCAUAUCACCCGACACUUUGUGCAAGGUUAUCGACGUCGAGACUUCCAAGGUUCUCGGUCCCCGGGAACAGGGCGAGAUCUGCAUCGCCGGGGAUCUCGUCAUGAUGGGAUACUGCGGUGACCCCAAGGCCACGGCCGAGAUAAUAGACAAGGACGGAUGGCUUCACACCGGCGACAUCGGCUACUACGACGAGGACGGCUACAUCUUCGUCGUCGAUCGCCUCAAGGAGCUGAUCAAGUACAAGGCCUUUCAGGUACCGCCGGCCGAGCUUGAGGCCAUUCUGCUUAAGCACCCCGCGGUCAAGGAUGCCGCCGUUAUCGGCAUCCCGGAUGAGAACUCCGGGGAACUGCCGCUCGCCUUUGUCGCUCGACAGCCUGGAGCUCAGGUUUCGGCUGAAGAAAUUCGAAAGUUCGUCGAUGGACAAGUAUCACCGUCAAAGUGGCUGAGAGGCGGUGUCCGGUUCAUUGACGAAAUCCCAAAGAGUCCGUCAGGGAAAAUACUCCGACGAGAGUUGCGAAAACUGAUCUCAAAGUUGUAGAAAAUUCACCGGUACCUAAAUAAUAUGGCAUCGUCGGUUGAAUACAACUUUAAAAUAUUGACGGUAUGAAUUCAUACAAGUAUAAAUCUACGUUCCCUUUUCUACAUGAUACUCAAUUCCGAACAAAUAUGUGUUCAUACUUUUCUAAAAUAUUUCUAUAUUCAUAUAUGUAAUAUGUAUGUGUUAGUCCGUGUAUUAGUAAUAAUAAUCGACGAAAUGUGUGAUCAAAUUAGUCUCUUUCGCAACAGACAGUAUUUCAGCGGGCCAAAACAUGAAUCUAAUUCUAGAUGUCAAUUGAGUGUUCAAUAGCUUGCAAAGGUGUAGCUAAUUAAUUUAUUGCGUUGCCAAAAGCCAGUAUGUAUGGGGCAUGCCGUGCCAACUCGACCUACCGCUAACCCUCACCAUCCCCGAUUUGCCUUCAAUUUUAAUAUAUUAUUUCGGGGGUCGAAAACCCUGAAUUAUUUCAGAUUUUUUUUACCACUGGUUAUAAAGUUGUCUUAUUUUCAUACGAAUUCAUAUCCCCACAUCCGUCGGUCGUGCGAAAAAAUCAUCAAUAAAAAAAUUCUUCGCAAUGGCGUGAAUUGGAAGGAAAUAUUUUUCGCGAUUUUUUUCGAGUUUUGAUGCAUUUUUCUUCGCAAAACUGUCGAGACCUUGCCGAACAUGGAGAGAUAUUUGGUUCAGAAGUUACAAUGUAAAAUGGUUCACAGUUAAUCGAGUAUUCCAUAAACUCAGGUAGGUGCAUAAUUUCUCAGAACGUUCAUAAAAAUUGUUUUACCAUGCGGAUGAAAGAUAUUUAUUAUGUGAUAGAUCGAACAUCAUGUUCGUAUACGUAAUUAUACGCAUACCUGUCAUUUUUUUUUAUUUACCAAACAAAUGAAUAAUUAUUUUGAUUUUGAUAAUUUCUCUUUUAAGAUAUAACUUACUACCGCAGACAUUUAGUUCAGGUAGGUACUCACAUAUUUUUCGUUAAUAAGACAACUUUCUGACCAGUGGUCAAAAAAAUCUGAAACAAUUCAGGGGUUACUUUUCCGGUCCCCGAAACACUGCAUUAAUGUUCAAGCAAAAUCGGAGCUAGUGAGGGUUGGCUGCAGGUCGAGUUGGCAUGGAAUACCCCGUAUAUUAUAUCGAUGCGUUGACUCAGUGAAUUUAUGUAUACCUAUGUAUAAUCAAUAAACGUAAUUAAUUCAUCCCGAA